UGACAGCUGACUGCUGCCAGAUUCUGAUUAGAGUUGUUGAUAGCUGUUCACGCACCGUCAUUUCUUAUCAACAAGUGCACUGGAACAGAAGAUUCGAUAAUUAGUAUAUGUAUUAAAUAUGAAAGUGAACGCAAUUUUACCAUUUGACGAGUCGCUGCUCGAUUGUGUGAUCUCUAGUCGUCAGUUGGAACAAAUUGCUGCAGAAAUUUCCAAGCGGGGCAGCGUAUCGGGCCUUAAUCGAGUAGUAUGGGCGUUAAAAGCACUUACCUUGACCGAUUCGACCACGUUGGGCGGCGAUGACACCGCUGCCAACGUUCGCAGUCUGUGCCAGCGCGCUGCAUUUCCUAUACCAGAGCAUAUAUUGCUGCAGCUUGGUGUCGAACCGACACUCCUUCCGCAUAUACACACGGCCGCCGUAUGUGUAUAUCCAGCGCGUGUUGUCGAUGCCACUGCGAAGUUGAAGCAAUUAAACAAAUAUGAUGUUAUACCAAUAGCGUCCGUGGCAACCGGCUUUCCAGCUGGGCAAUAUGGGCUGGAUUCGCGUCUGAGCGAAAUCCACUUUGCUAUUGAGUCAGGGGCCACCGAGAUUGAUAUUGUUAUAAAUCGUCAAUUGGCACUUGUAGGUGAUUGGAAGGGUGUGUACAACGAGGUGUGCGCUAUGCGCAAAGCUUGUGGUGGAAGAGCGCAUUUGAAAACAAUAUUAGCCAUAGGGGAACUGGGUAACAUGGAGAAUGUAUAUAAGGCGUCUAUGGCCUGCAUGUUAGCUGGCGCUGACUUCAUCAAAACAUCUACCGGCAAGGAGACUGUAAACGCAACACUCCCAGCUGGAUUGGUAAUGAUUUAUGCUAUACAAGAGUUUGAACGCCGCAAAAACAUUUUGGUGGGGCUAAAGCCAGCGGGUGGAGUGCGCACGGUCCCCGAUGCAAUUGCUUGGCUUACACUCGUGAAAGAAACUUUGGGCGCACGGUGGUUACAACCUAAUCUUUUUCGCUUUGGUGCAUCUGGACUGCUAGAUAAAAUAGUGGAAGCUGUUAAUGAGCAUGUCAAAGGUCAGCAAGUGGCAGACAGUAACAGUGCUGACGCCAAGGUAGCUGCAAAAUAAUUAAUGCAGUUAUGUAUUAAAAUUUUCAUUCUGGAAAUGCAGACAUUUAAUCUUAAACAUUUUGAUAAAAUAUUUCGCACGUUUAAUAAUAUAACCAAGUAUGUCAAAAUUUCAAUUUUGUGGGAAAACGCAAUCAAAGUUUUACCAAUUCAUACAAAUGGUAUAGAAAAAACAGAUGGAAAGACACCUAUCUUCGCUAUAUUUGGGAAGUUUGGUUAUCUGUUAGGCUGAACAUAUUCUACAUAUCAAGCUUAUUAAAUGCAUAAUGACAUCUCCAAAAACGUAAAUUUCGAGUUACAUCUCUAUAUCGCUAGUUUAGAGUGAAAAGUAGCUAAGUUCCAAUUUAAAAAUUGUACAGGAGAGGGAAAAAACUUGUAUAGCCAUUUUCUGCAAGUAUUUCGCAAAACUUUCCCUGUUUAAAGCAAAGCCAAACUCUAUACGAAUCAGAAAGUUUUGAUCUUUUUAAAAGAUUUCGACCUAUUUUAGCCUUAUUGCAUUUUCUGAGCUUUUUUAGACUUAGCAAAAUUUCAUUUCUAUGAAUAUAAACGAGAAAACAUAAAACAAGGGCCUUCAUUUUCGAAUCGACGCAUUUUUAAUUUCUCCAGCAAAUUUUCACUCUAAGCUAUUAUAUUAUUAAACGUGCGAUAUACAUAUUUUUUUUUUCAUUCGACUAUUAAACUUUAAAUUAUUGGAUGUCAUUUUAACCUCUCAAAGACUGGUAUCUGCUGGUAUCUAAAGCACAAGUGAUUUUGCUGCCAAUAUUUGCAUCGCCAUUUCAGAUGUGUUGAUUUUAUUUGAAAUUAUACCCCACACACAUUGGUUUUUUGG